AUGUGGUACUUCUAUAAUUACUCUUCUCAGAUUGCCAUUCUCGCGAUGGGCAUGGUAAUCAGUUGGCAUCUGCGGCAUGUCCCCGGCCCUCUGCUGUCAAAAAUCACGAAAAUGCACUUGGCUAUGUACGAUUUCUCUUACAGCCGGAACGACCAAAUUCUGGAAUGGCAUCACCAAUACGGGCCUAUAAUCUGUAUAGCGCCUAAUGAAGUUUCAGUAGCGACCUUGGAAGCCACAAAGGAAAUAUACAGUGCCACGCAGCGAUGGCCAAAAAGUAAUUACUUUGACAACUUCAAAGGGUACAAUAGGCGAUCCAUUUUUGCGACGAAGUCACACGAAGAGCAUCGCGCGAAGCGAAAAUUAACCUCCAAAUUUUACCAGGCUUCAAACAUAUACACCGUGCCAGCCAUUGAGCAGCAUAUCCAAGAACGUUCCCAGACUGUCCUGAGGCAGAUCCGCCCUGGUACGCAAGUAGACAUUUAUAGUCUCACCGACUGUUACGCUCUUGAUAUUAUCACAUUCUUGGUGUUAGGUCCUCAUCAUUGCACCCAGUCUGUGGAGAACGUUUGUCUAGAGCGUCAAAUACUUAUGGAUCUAAAACACUUACAAUUUGUUGGGCCACUUCGCCUUCGUUGCCCGAUUUUUUGUGAUUACGCCUCAAAACUACUGGAUACGCUGAGCCCAGGGCUGGCAUACCUUCAGGCAGAGGAUAGACUCGCAUCAUGGUGUCAACAACGCAUUUCCGCAGCAAUGAAAGACCCCGAUUUUGAUAAUUCGCGUUCGCUCCUCCAACACAUCCUCGCAAACCUCCAAAAUGUCAGACCAAAGCUGUCGACUGACCACUUAUACGUUGAGGCAGAGAUUCUCGACAAUAUUAAUGCUGCCGAGGCUACUGUUGCGGUAACUGCCACGUAUCUUCAGAAAAUACGAAAAGAAUUAAAUGCAUUGGCAGUACAAGAGAAUGGCCUUAUUUCAUUUGCCGACGUCAACAGCCAAGUCCCAUCUCUGGAAGCAUGCUUGAGAGAAGUAUAUCGCCUCCAUCCGGCAUCGAGUGGACGUUCUGAGCGCCUUGUUCCAAAAGGCGGGCGUACUUUGUCAAACAUUUAUCUUCCAGAAGGAACCAUAGUCACAAACUCAGUCGCAGCACUUCAUCGAGAUGAAAAUAUAUUCCCAAAUCCAGAUCAUUUUUUGCCGGAAAGAUGGCUUGAAGGAGACGAGGAGAUGCUAAACAGGAGAUUGAAUCAACUUAUCCCCUUUGGAUACGGCGGAAGAGUCUGUUUAGGAAAGGCACUUGCUACUAUUGAGAUCAAAUUGCUAAUUGCAGGGCUCUAUCGAAAGUAUAAAACAGUCAUGACAGAGUCAUCCACGCACGCCUCAAUGAGGCAAUGUAGCACACAUGACGCUGUACCAUGGGGAUUGCAAUGUGUGAUUGAAUGUCAGUUGGUUGACGACGACCAGCAAGAAUAA